AUGCAUGACCCCCGAACCCUUGGCAGCUCUCCCCCGAAACGGCGCUCCACCAGCUGGAAGAACUCGCCGGUCGAACACCUUCAGUCAUCUCCGCCACCAUCACAGAACAGAACAAGCACCGACCAUAUCGAACAGGCAAUAAUUUGGAAAACCUCGUGCUCGUCUUCCGAACCUACCGUCAGACAUUUACCCCCAUCCUCUGAUUCUCAAAAUCCAACAUGCCUGCCUCAAAGAAAACGCUACGACAACAAGAAUCCAGGAAGAAAGAGCUGGCUGGGACGAAAGUUGCGACUAAUGCCGGAGGUACGAUCUUCGCCGUUCCUUAUCUUGCAAAGUUAUUCCAAAGGCUCACUCCCAAACGUUCUGCCAUCCUACUUCUCUUCCUCCACCAAAGGUAUCCCCAAGAAGGCUGAAAAACCUAAGGCCCAAUGUCAGAUCUGCAGGGUAGAGUUGAUCGCGACGAUGCCAACGGUGCUCCGGGACCAUGCAUCGAAUAAACAUGUCAAAAAUACAUUUGAGCAAUGUUUCCCCAACCUUCCAGUUUGA